AUGAACAUUUUUGUGCCAAACCAAGAGUGUAGUCAGAUAAGCCUACUUUGGGGCAAUUGUGAACCUGCAAAACCAUGGCAGAUGCUUUACCUUUACACAGUUCUUUAUGUGACUGGAUUUGGAGCGGCGGGUAUAAGGCCAUGUGUUUCUUCCUUUGGUGCUGAUCAAUUUGAUGAAAGAAGUAGAGAUUACAAGACCCAUUUGGAUAGAUUUUUCAACUUCUUUUAUCUUUCUGUCACCAUUGGGGCGAUUGUGGCCUUCACUGCAGUAGUCUAUAUUCAAAUGGAACAUGGAUGGGGAUCUGCCUUUGGUUCAUUGGCCAUAGCUAUGGGAAUGUCGAACAUGGUCUUCUUUCUUGGUACUCCUUUAUACAGGCACAGAUUACCUGGAGGAAGCCCUCUGACACGUGUUGCGCAAGUCCUAGUCGCUGCCUUUCGCAAGAGAAAUGCCUCUUUUGAUUGCAGUGAGUUUAUAGGCCUAUAUGAAGUUCCUGGCAAACGGUCUGCUAUAAAGGGUAGUGGCAAGAUAGCUCACACAAAUGACUUCAGAUUUUUGGACAAGGCAGCUCUGCAACUGAAGGAAGAUGGUGCUGAUCCAAGUCCUUGGCGGCUUUGCACUGUGACGCAAGUAGAAGAAGUUAAGAUUCUUUGGAAACUGAUCCCUAUUCCAACUUGCACCAUAAUGCUGAGUCUAGUUUUAACAGAAUAUUUGACUCUAUCAGUACAACAAGCAUAUACACUGAACACCUACAUGGGUAAUCUGAAACUUCCUGUUACAUGUAUGCCUGUCUUUCCCGGUCUCAGCAUCUUUCUUCUACUUUCCCUCUAUUACUCCAUAUUUGUCCCCUUGUCCCGGCGCAUCACAGGUCAUCCUCAUGGAGCCUCUCAACUUCAAAGGGUAGGAAUAGGUUUGGCGAUUUCAAUCCUAUCUGUGGCAUGGGCUGGGGUGUUCGAGAGGUACAGAAGAAAUUAUGCGAUAGAACAUGGAUAUGAGGCUAGUUUUCUGACUUCAAUGCCGGACCUUAGUGCAUACUGGCUGUUAAUCCAGUAUGUCCUAAUUGGGCUUGCUGAAGUAUUCUGCAUUGUGGGAUUACUAGAAUUCCUCUACGAGGAGGCUCCUGAUGCCAUGAGAAGUAUAGGCUCAGCUUAUUCUGCCGUUGCUGGUGGUUUAGGUUGCUUUGGAGCCACUUUGUUGAACAGCAUUAUCAAAUCUGUAACCGGGAACGAAAAGGAAAGGCAACCAUGGCUUUCCCAAAACAUCAACACCGGAAGGUUUGAUUACUUCUAUUGGCUUCUUACAGUUUUGAGUGUAAUCAACUUCUGUGCUUUUCUGUAUUCAGCGCGUAGGUAUCGAUACAGAGCAAAACAGGAAAUUGAGAUGGAGAACAAGUAA